AUGGUUGAACGGCUGGCAAUUGCAGUUGCAGGUCUUGCGUGCGAGACUUCGAUUUUCACACCCUCCAGAACGCUAGCGUCUGCUUUCCAUGCCAAACGUGGCCGUGAAAUUAUCGAGAAAUAUCCCUUUAUCAGGAAAGAUGCCUCCCUCGGGAAGAUCGCAGACUGGCACGGAGCUCUGAUCGGUCAUGCGCUACCAGGAGGGAUUGUAACGCGUGCUUCUUUCGAAGAGCUGACUUGCGAGAUCAUAGAUCGGCUUCGAGCGAUUGUGUCAUCGACCACUAUCCAUGGUCUCUGGUACGACAUCCAUGGCGCCAUGUGCGUUGAAGGUAUUGAUGACUCCGAGGCAGAGCUCCUCCUCCGCAUUCGACAGGUCAUUGGCCAUGACGUGGUGGUGUCAGCAUCCAUGGACUUACAUGGCAACGUGAGUCGUGAACUUGUGCACCAGAAUGAUCUCAUUACUUGUUACUGCACUGCAUCGCAUAUUGAUAUGCCUGGAAAGAGAGCUGGUAUUUGUCCUGAGCUGCCUAUCAAACUAUGGAUUCCCAUUCCGGUUUUGCUUCCAGGCGAGCAGACUUCGACCCGAAUUGAACAAGCAAAACACAUUUUUGCUGCAGUUCCUGGUGCUGAGUCGAAGAGAUGUGUCAUUGAUGCCGCAAUUUGGAAUGAAGCAGAGAGGCUUUCGCAGGUCUUCUGGGAUGCGCAUGAGGAUUUUGACCACUUUGUUGGUCCCACAGGCUCAUUUGAUGAAUGGAUCGAUGCAGCAAUAGAAUCCAAGAAGCAUCCGUUCUUCAUCAGCGAUUCAGGAUACAACCCAACUGCCGGUGGAAGCCGGGAUAUGACCUGGGGCUUGAUGCGUUUACUAGCUAGUUCUGAGUUCGAGCAAUCUUCCGGUCCGGCGGGUAAUCUAUGCCACGAUGCCCGAAUUGAAGUCGUCUUGCAAGUGGGCAGUGUCUUUGUCAUCCUCACAGCACUCCGCAAACUAUACCAUCAUGAGGACUUUAUUGACCUCGACCUCAAGCCUCGAGAAGCAUAUAUUGUAAUCGUCAAAAUUGGUUAUUUGGAACCAGAAUUGCACAACAUGGCGGCUGGUUGGAGACUUCCCCUUUCGCCUGCUGGCGUUGAUCAAGACUGA